AUGGCCGAUAAUGAAGGGCCAAUCUUGAAUAAGGUUGAAACUAGAGUAGCACUACAAUCUCCGUUAUUCAAACUCAAGCGCUGGCAAUGGUGGCUCUUGGUAGCUGCAAACAUUUUUUUCCUUGUGGCAGGACAGUCUGCUGCUGUUCUAUUGGGGAGAUUUUAUUAUGAUCAGGGUGGUAAUAGUAAAUGGAUUGCAACUAUUGUUCAGACUGCUGGUUUUCCUAUUCUUUGCAUUCCACUCUUUCUGCUUCCUUCAUCUAAGGAAACUUCAGCCUCUUCUGCUCGGUCGCCUCCGGUUAGAACACUUGCCUUGAUAUACUUGAUUCUUGGGGUGAUUAUAGCCGGUGAUAACUAUUUGUAUUCUUUGGGGCUGUUGUAUCUAUCUGCCUCAACUUAUUCACUAAUCUGUGCGUCCCAGUUAGCAUUUAAUUCCGUUUUCUCACACUUCAUCAAUUCUCAGAAGUUCACAGCUUUAAUUCUUAAUUCUGUGGUUGUUCUCUCCUUUUCCUCUGCUCUAAUUGCUGUCAAUGACGAUUCGGAAGGACCAUCAGGAGUCUCUAAGUGGAAGUAUAUCCUUGGCUUCCUUGCCACCCUUGGUGCUUCUGCAAUUUACUCUCUUUUGCUUUCGCUCAUGCAGCUUUCGUUUCAGAAGGUCAUAAAAAAGGAAACAUUUUCUGUGGUUUUAGAAAUGCAGGUUUUCACAUCUAUUGUUGCCACUUGUGUUUCUGUUGUGGGUCUUUUUGCUAGUGGGGAAUGGAAGACUUUGCGAGGAGAAAUGCAGAGUUUUGGUAAGGGUAGCGUUUCGUAUGUGUUGACUCUAGUAGGGACUGCAGUUACUUGGCAGGUUUGCUCUGUUGGUGUUGUGGGCUUGAUUUUUGUGGUGUCUUCUCUCUUCUCCAAUGUGAUAAGUACUGUCGCCUUGGCUGUAUCUCCUAUUGCUGCAGUUAUAGUUUUCCAUGACAAGAUGGAUGGUGUGAAGAUAAUUUCUAUGCUUCUGGCUGUUUGGGGUUUUGCCUCUUAUACUUAUCAGAAUUAUCUUGAUGAUUUUAAGAUGAGGAAAGCACAAAGUAAUGCCGCUGAAGCCGGUAACAAUUCUACGUGUUGA